UCCAGUCGAUAUAGUAAUCAAAUCCUUUCUGCGAUGCUGUUGGCUUUCUCUCUCUUCCUCUCUUCUUCUCUCUCUUCUCCCUACCUCUUCUCCCACUCCGUCCCGACCACUCGUUCGGUGUUCGAUCAACAAGCCACACACCUCUCUCUCUCUGCUUCCAGUCCUUGGGCUAAAAGCCACUCUCCAUUCGACUAAUCGAUCGCUCUCGUCUUUCCCUCAUGCCGAAAGAGAAGGAUGGCGGUGUCGUCCUGGCCUCGGUGUCAGCAAAAUGGAUAUCAUACACGCACACGCUCAUCGCAUACUGUGCUUUCUUCAGCGCGUUAAUCGUCGGGAUGUCACUACACUUCCAUAAGAUUGUGAAGAACGAGUACUAUGGUUAUCCGCAAGAAUGGUUUCCCUCCGUUUCGGCGACGAUUGGCGACCGGUAUCCCGAACGAUCCAUCUUCCAGGUGUUCAUCGCGAUCACGUCGGGUCCCCGCUUCGCCCUGGUCAUCCUCUGGUACCUUGUCACCGCGCGUCCCGGCGCGCGCGGACCCAAGUUCGUGGCCACCGUGGGCUUGCUGAGGACUAUACUCUGCGGUGGAUGGGUCUACAUCACGUCGACGGACGACCAUGCCUGGCACGACAUCUUCAUGAUCUCGUAUCUGGUGUUUACGCUGCCGUGGACCCUGGGUUGUCUCGCGCUGUCGCCCAUGAACCGUGACGCCAUCAAGUGGCGCAAGAUCUUUGCCACGUUGUUCUUUGGAACGUUGGUGCCAUUGAUCUACUAUUUCAUCCAGCACAAAGUCCACAAAGUUGCCGGAGCCUACACCAUUUACGCAUUCUUCGAGUGGUCGUUGAUUCUCUUUGACGUUGGUUUCGACGCUGCUACGGCGUUUGAUUUCGCUGGUCUCGAAUUGAGGGUGGUGGACGUGAGGGGUAUUAGUAGCAAAGGAAACGACGUAUUUCUAGCGGAUACCGUCAUUCAAAAGUCCAAGGAACGCGGUCAGAUCUUGCCUCAGGAGUUAUUGGGCGCCUCAUACUCCCGGGAUGACGUCUUCGAUGCUGCUGCCGACAUCUACACUGGAUUUAUGUUUUGGUCCAUCUUGACGUCGUUGGGCGUUACCGUGUGGUACUUCCCGCUGUGGCACAUGGGAAUUUCUGGCUAUGAGGUUCUCAUCAUGACUACUGUAUCUCCAUUCUUGCUAGGCAUCCCCGCCGUCCGCCGCAUCGCUGCUAACCAGCCUGGCUAUGUGUACGGAUUGUCACUGCUUGGACUCUCAGCUUUCUUGGUUACGCACCAGGAGACCCGGCUCUUCUCCGUCGGUGCGGGUGUUUUCUUCUCCUGCCUGGCAUGGACUGGUAGCUUCUGGGCCGAACGCAAUAACUCUAGCCGAUUGAACGCGAAGAUCUCGGCCUUCUCCCUAGGAUUGAUUCUGUCGAGCAUCGCCAAAUUUGCCAACCACACCAACAACCCCGUAUGGCCGAUCAUGAACUCCGUCAACGGUGGAUGGAACAAGACGGGAUUGGUCCUUGCGAUCCUAGCCGUUUUGAGGUCCACUAGGCGGAGCACUGUGGGUUCGGUCGAUCUUACCCCGUUGCAGCAGAAGAAGAAAGGGUCCGCAACGCUUUCGGCAAUCGGCCUCGCCGGAUUGAUUUUUGGCUUGCACUCUCUGCUCUCGGAUUCUAGCACCAUGAUCACCUGGGUUUGGGAUGGUUACCCAAUCAAGGGGCCCAUUCCCGCUCCUCACGGUGCAUACACGAUUGCGGCCAUGGGCGCCGGGUUCCUGAUAGGUCUUUUCAACCCGCAAGCAGCAGCGACAUGGAGCUUCUUUGGUGUUGCGUCUAUCGCCACCGCGACAUUCUACAGCAAAGCUGGCUGGACUGGAUUUUACGGUGCCCUUGUACUUGCUACGUACCUCAUGGCUCUCGUCCCCUCUAUGAUCAUCACUGCGACUCGCUAUGGCCCAGGAAAGACCUUUGGCCUGGCAUUCUUCUUUUACAACCUCAUCGUCCUCGCGCACGUGUGGGUGGUAGCGUACGCCUUCGUCCCCGGUGGUCCUCUCCUCCGUGAACGAAGCGACCUCGUCCUCACUGGAAUGAUGGCCAUGAUUGGAUGCGGUGUCUUCUCGACCAUUUCGGCUGCCGCCUCAACCCCCCAACCGUUGAGCAGCAAAUACACCAAACACGACACCCCACACCGCCGCCGCUUCCGCACUUACACCAUAUAUGCCCUCACUAUUCUCCAAAUGAUCUCCGUCUCCGUAGCCUACCUCCGCUUCCCAACCUUUAACUAUACCCCCUACCACCCGCAGGAGAAACUUGUCACCGCCGGAAUCUGGACCGUUCACUUCGCGCUCGACAACGACAUGUGGUCUUCGGAACGCCGGAUGCGCGACGCGAUCAAGGAGCUCGAACUUGACGUUGUCGGUCUGCUGGAAUCCGAUCUCCAGCGUAUCAUCAUGGGAAACCGUGACAUGACACAAUUCCUCGCCGAGGACCUGGGGAUGUACGCCGACUUUGGCCCGGGACCAAACAAGCACACAUGGGGCUGUGCACUGCUCUCCAAGUUUCCCAUCGUGAAUUCCACGCACCACCUCCUGCCCUCUCCCGUGGGCGAACUCGCUCCCGCAAUCUUAGCCACGCUGGAUAUGUACGGCGAAAUGGUCGACGUCCUCGUCUUCCACUCCGGGCAGGAAGAAGACGUCGAAGACCGCCGCCUCCAGAGCAUAGGCGUCGAGCAGAUCAUGGCCGACUCCCCCCGCCCGCUGAUCCUCCUCUCGUACCUCGUCACCAACCCCAAGGAGGGCAACUACAACCGCUACGUCUCGGAGAAGUCGCGCAUGCGCGACAUCGACAGCAGCGACUGGGACCGCUGGUGCGAGUACAUCCUCUACCGCGGCCUGCGCCGCGUCGGCUAUGCCCGCGUCUCCCGCGGGACGAUUACCGAUACCGAGAUCCAGGUCGGCAAGUUCGUUGUGGGCGAGAAGGAGGGCGGUGAGACUCAGGUGGACGAGAAGGAGGUCUCCCUCGGACUCAGGUUCCCGGAGGUAUUUAAGGGUGACGGAGCAAGAGGGCAUAGGUAUCAUGUCUUCGAUCGGCCGAGGUAUUAUGUUUGAUCUUGAUACUUGAUGUUUGCAAGCAGGCA